AUGUCGGGCAAUCGUGGCUUGGACGCGUCGCUCGCGGGCUGUGCUAAUGCCCAGGCCUUGGUGGACGGCUCUAGUGGGAAUGCGUCCGACUCUGACUCUGAUCAGGAGCUCCUCCAACACGACAUCGCCAAGUUUGACCAGUCGGUGAGAGAAUUUUUGCAGGCCCAGCAUGGCGAGCCAGAAACGCCCUUCCCCGGACGCGGAAUAGCCAGAGGACGAGGAUCUCGGGGCGCUCGAGGCCCGCGCAAAGCUGCCAAACCUCGAGGCGACAUCACAGCUCGGUUGGCCAAGGUCAACCAGGCUUUCCUCAGCGGAGACUACUCCAAGGCCUUGGACCUGGUCUCCGAAGUAAUUAGGAUCAAUGCCGAAACCCACCAAGCAUGGACCGCGCUGUCGUCCAUCUUCCGCGAGCAAGGCGAGCAUGCCCGGGCGCUGUCCGCCAUGGUGUAUGCCGCCCAUCUGCGACCCAAGGAAGUCUCUGCUUGGCUCGAGUGUGCCGCCUUUGCGCUGGACACGAUUGCGGAGGCCGAGGCGAGUAACCUGCACACCGCGCGGCUGUGCUAUUCUGCUGCCCUCAGAGCGGAUCCCGUCAAUAUUGAGGCCCGGCUCGGCAAGGCAACCGUUUGUCAUCGGCAAGGCCAUCUGGCCGCUGCUAUUCAGGAGUACAAGUUCGUUCUCAAAUAUCAUCCAUAUGACCUCGAGAUUGUGCGGAAGCUGGCGGAAGCCUGCAUCGACAAUAAGAACACCGAGUCUGCCGUGCCCUCUGCCAUCAUGGCAUAUCGACGCUAUUUCGACUAUGAAAUCGAGAACUCUGCUUUGCACGGCUCUACUGCCCCCUGGCUUGAUAUAGGAAUCUAUGUUGAGCUCAUUGCUGCAACUGGCCGGUAUGCGGAGGCCAUUCAGGAACUCAAGGCGCUGUCCAGAUGGCUGGUAGGUCGUGUCCAGGAGCAUUACUGGGACCAGUGGCAGAUGGACGACUGCGAAUGGGACGAGGGCGAUGAACGUAGAAGCCAUGUCCCUCAGUUCCAAGACUCAAUGUUUGGCCCGGAGCUCUAUGGCCUGGCCCUACCUCUAGACCUCAGAGUUCGACUGGCAAUCUACAGGCUAAGGCUUGGAGAAGAAGAAGAGGCCUUUAGACAUUUGACUUGGCUGGACCCGGAUAAUCCGCGUACAUUCGACUUUAUGGCGGAGUUCCCCUUCAUUUCAUAUGACCUUGCGAGCGAGAUUGCCAAGUAUGGCCACCCACAGCGAGCCAUCAGGUAUCUCGAGCUGCUCCGAGCCACGACUGAAGAGCCAGAUGCAACGCUCUUGGUUCAGCUGGGCCGAUGCUACCAAGCAAUGGGGCAGCAAUCCACUGCAGAGGAGUGCUUCCAUGCGGCCAUUGAUGCUGACGAGUACAACAUCGAUGCCCGCAUCGAGCUGGCAAACAUGUAUGAGAAAGCCAGGGAAGACGAGGAAGCCCUCAUUCUUGCAGCGGAGGCAAUGGCACUCAAGGAAGCUCAGGGGGUUCCUCCGAACGAGCCGCUCACCCAGGACCAGCUCCACAAGUUCUCGAUGCAAACAGAUCGCGGCAUAAGGGGCAUACAGCCUUCUCAGCCGCGGCAAGGCCCUCGACAGGUCAAGCCAAAGUCCGCCCCGACGACGCGUAUCCUGCCUAGGAGAUACCGCGCAAAGCGAUUUGCCAACCCCGAUAAGCGACGGCAAGAAGAACACUCACGCGCGAUCAAGCUCUCGCGGCAGUAUGAAUACGUUCGUGGCCUGAAGCAGCAAAUCAAGUCUGGCUCCACCGAUCUCAUUCCCGUCUGGAUCGAAUCCUGCAAAGAGCUUGUUGACGACUUCCGGUCUCUCAAGAGAUUCUAUACAUGGGACAAAUACCUGCACUUUCUCGGGAAGAAGCAGUUGGCGGAGCAGGCAGCCAGCGAAGGAGCAAGUACCGAACUAUCACAGAUGUUUGAGCGUCUUACACGGACCCUUGCGCCUCAAGGAGAGUCUCAGAUGGGGCCAGGAUUCGACAAUCACCAAGGCAUAUCGUUUGACGACUGGCUUGACCUGUUCCUCGAUUAUGCCAUUGGCUUAUCGCUUGUACACCGCCGCGAAGAAGCGUAUCAGGUAUGCGAGUCUGCAAGAGACUCGACUGUAUUUCAGUCGCCCCAACACAACUUUGCCAUCCACAUGGCUUGGAGCGUGUGUGCCAUCAACACAAACGACGAAGAGAAAUGCAUCACGGUGGCCCGACACUUGAUGCGAGAUGGCGGGAUAUCCGACUCUUCUCGGAUGUUCGCAUUGCUCUCCAAGUUAUGCCAGUCGCCCGUUUCCUGGUACACUUCCGGACCGGCCCAAAAGUUCAUCCUGAGACAAAUCAAAGCGAUAGACAUGACAUAUGAAGCUGCAAACAAGAACCUGAGCGGGACGGGCACUCUCGACCAGGACGGAGCGGCCACCGAAAAGCUGAACAUGGACAUUUGCCUGUUGAUGCUUUAUGGCCAUAUCCUCUUCACAUCCACAAGCUACACAUAUGCGAUAGGAUAUUUCUUGCGUGCGUGGGCGCUCGACCGCGAGAAUCCCAUGGUCAACUUGAGUCUGGGUCUUGCAUAUGUUCACUAUGGCCUCAAGCGGCAAUCGACUAACCGACAGUAUCUGCUACUGCAAGGCCAGUCAUUCAUCACCCUAUAUGUGCAGUCCGGGGGUAACGAGCCGAGGCUCCAGGCAGAGCGAUACUACAACGUGGGAAGACUCUUCCAUCUGCUCGGGAUCGGAUACCUGAGUCUGCAGUACUACACUCGCGCACUGGAAGCAAACAAGGCGGCGGGCGAGAAUAAGCUCUUGAAGGAUAUCAUUCUCGUCAACCAAAUCAUAUCCUUGCUGUCGACCAACAAUAAGGGUCUGGCACAUGAGCUGCUAGUCAAGAACCUGAGACUGUAG